UGCAUAUUUAUAUAGCUUGCCUCUCCUUCCUCAUUUCUCACUUUUCAGCGUUGAACCAAUUUCUCCGUGUUCCCUUUGCUUCAGGUAAUAUUUGAACGAAUUGCUUAGUAUCAUGGGAUCAGUUGUUGAUGCUGCAAACAAGGAGGUAAAUGGAACCGCAAGUGGGAAGAAACCCACAGUUAUUUUUGUCCUGGGUGGUCCAGGAAGUGGAAAAGGUACCCAAUGUGCCUAUAUUGUCGAGCAUUUUGGCUACACACAUCUGAGUGCUGGAGACCUUCUUAGGGCUGAAAUUAAAUCAGGUUCUGAAAAUGGAACUAUGAUCCAGAAUAUGAUUAAAGAGGGGAAGAUUGUACCUUCUGAGGUUACAAUCAAGCUUCUGCAGAAAGCAAUUCAGGAUAACGGGAAUGACAAAUUCCUCAUUGAUGGUUUCCCUCGCAAUGAGGAAAACCGAGCAGCAUUUGAAAAAGUUACUGAGAUUGAACCGAAGUUUGUCUUGUUCUUUGAUUGUCCUGAGGAAGAGAUGGAGAGGCGUUUGUUGGGCCGAAACCAGGGGAGAGAAGAUGACAAUAUUGAGACUAUAAGGAAGCGAUUCAAGGUGUUUCUUGAAUCUAGCUUACCAGUGAUUCAGUAUUAUGAAGCUAAGGGGAAAGUUAGGAAGAUUCAUGCCGCAAAGCCCAUUGAAGAUGUAUUUCAGGAGGUGAAGGCAGUCUUUUCUCCUGAUGCUGAGAAGGUUGAAGCCUAGGCAGCAGCAGCAGCAGCGUAAAGAGAUACCCGAUAAAUUGAUCAGGUAGCUGAGCGUUGCAUCUUUACCAGGAAGUAUAUGCUUGGCCGUAUUUUUUCCUAUAUAACCAUAUGAUUACUGUUGUUAUUAUUAUACACCGUUUACCUAUUCUAUAAUUUUUGUUUUGUUGUUUUUUUUUAAUACAUUUUUUGUACCUGAUGUGAUUGUGAUUGGUACUUUUGCCUGCCAAAUCCGCGAUUGGCUUACUGUAAUUUCAUAAAUUUGAAUUCAUGGGAUUUUAAUAUUAGUCGUUUAUUUAUCUC